AUGAAAAGGAGGCAAGGCUCUGAUCGCAAUUCGGAUUCGGAAUCGCUGUCCACGUUGAAUGAUGCUCCGCCGCGGUCCACUUCGGUUAUGACACCAACGCCAUCGUCGUUCAAGCCUGCUCGUGCCAAAGCGAUCGCAGUGCCCCGUGCUCGUAGUGGUCGUGAACGCCGAACGACAAUUCCGGAUCGUCCAGAUCUACCGAUUAAUCUCUGGUCGAUUAUGAAGAACUGUAUAGGAAAGGAAUUGUCGAAGAUUCCUAUGCCGGUGAACUUCAGUGAACCAUUAUCGGUUCUGCAACGAAUAACCGAAGAUCUGGAAUACGCGAACUUACUGGAAACGGCUUCCACUCUGGGACCACUAGAACAAUUGGCCUACGUAGCAGCAUAUGGUGUCAGUAACUAUUCAACGACAGGAAAUCGUACGAAUAAGCCAUUCAAUCCGUUAUUAGGAGAGACUUAUGAAUGCGAUCGUACAACUGACCUAGGAUGGCGUAGUAUUACUGAGCAGGUUUCUCAUCAUCCUCCUGCAGCUGCACAUUAUGCUGAAGGUAAUGGUUGGGUAAUGUAUCAGGACUUCACGAUGACGAGCCGUUUCCGGGGCAAGUACCUAUCUGUGAUACCGGUCGGCUAUACACAUGUCUAUUUUCCGGGUACUAAGAAUCAUUAUUCGUAUAAAAAGAUAACGACCACUGUUCACAAUAUUAUUGUCGGCAAAUUGUGGAUCGAUAAUCAUGGUGAUAUGGAAAUCAUUAAUCAUGGUACUGGUGAUAAAUGUGUAGUGAAGUUCUUCCCAUAUUCAUAUUUCAGUAGAGAGGCGCCCAGAAAGGUUUACGGUGUUGUACGAGACUCGCGAGGGGAGCCCCACUUCGUGGUUCAAGGCACUUGGGAUUCUCAUGUAGAUAUGCUGAAGGUCACAAGACGAAUAGGAACUGGUGACAAGGCACGUCUCGAGACCGAUUCCGAACCGAAACGUAUUUGGACGGUCAAUCCACCGCCUCCCGGUUCGGAGCGAAUGCACAAUUUCACUCGUUUGGCGAUCGAGCUGAAUGAGCCGGAACCGGGAGUAGCCCCAACAGAUAGCCGGCUACGACCCGAUCAACGGCUUAUGGAAGAGGGCAAAUGGGACGAGGCUAAUAGUAAAAAGCUUGAGCUCGAAGAAAAACAGCGAGCCGUGCGGAGAAAACGUGAAGCACAA